UGCUUCUCAAUUCAAAAGGUGAGGCCUCUGCCUCCACCAGCUCAACCUCCUCUGCUCCAAAUUUUUGGAAUUUAUCUAAUUUCCUCCGCUUUUGCCUUUUAGGGUUUUUUGAAUUUAUAAGGUUAGUGAUAGGAUUUCUCUGAAUCAGUCAAUCUAUUCAUGGCUUCUACAUCGAAGAAGGAGAUGGAUCGGAUCAAGGGACCGUGGAGUCCUGAAGAGGACGAGUUGUUACGGAGGCUGGUCCAGAACUACGGACCGAGAAACUGGUCAUUGAUAAGCAAAUCAAUUCUUGGUCGAUCCGGUAAGUCGUGUCGGCUACGGUGGUGUAACCAGCUCUCGCCUGAGGUUGAGCACCGUCCGUUCACUCCUGAGGAGGACGAGACCAUCAUCCGAGCCCACGCUCGUUUCGGCAACAAAUGGGCUACAAUCGCUCGCCUCCUUAAUGGCCGCACCGAUAACGCUAUCAAGAAUCACUGGAACUCUACCUUGAAGCGCAAAUGCUCCUCUCUCUUCGAGGACUUAACUGAUGACUUGCAUCCAAACCAGCCACCUCUUAAGAGAUCCGCAAGUGCCGGUGCGGGCACAAUUAUAUCGGCUCUGAAUUUGAACCCGGGAAGCCCAUCCGGAUCCGACUUGAGUGAUUCCAGCUUGCCUGGUAUCUCAUCGUCACCCGUAUACAUAAAUCUGGCAAGAACCGGUUCGUUCGUUCCGAUUGAAUCGUCGUCUACUGUUACUACUGUCACUGAUCCGCCUACCUCGCUCAGCCUCUCGCUACCGGGAUCCGAUUCGUGCGAGGUUACAAACCAUGACCUCGGGGGAUCAGGAUCCAUAUAUGGUGCGAGUAUGCCGGGAUUUGCAUCACAGAUUCCGCAACCGUCUGUACCCUUGAACCAAGAAGUUGGGGUUGCACAAGCCCAGAGUAGGCAAAACAAUGAGUUAAGGUUCGAGAAGCAGUUCUUCAAUGAAGAGUUCUUGGCAGUCAUGCAAGAGAUGAUAAGGAAGGAAGUAAGGAACUACUUUUCUGGGGUUGAUCAAAACGGGCUUUGUAUGCCGAAUGAUGCUAUCAGUAUCAGGAAUGCUUUGGUCAAGAGGAUUGGGAUUAGCAAGAUCGAUUAGGGUAAGAUUAGUCACUAUUUAAUAGUGAAUCCUGUUAAUGCAACUGAGUUGGACUUAGAUGGGAUCGGAGGAGGAGGAGGAGGAGGAGGAGUGAACGAUAAAGACUUGCUCUGUGUUCUUUUGUUCUUUUUUAGUUUCCUUAAUCCUUUGUUAUACAGAGUAAUAAUUUUGAUGGGUGUACAGAGGAAUGAACUGGGAAUGAAGAAGGGACGUAAACCAAUUUUUGUAAAAUUAAAAAAAAAAAAAAUUCAAAUCGGAAACUUUGUUCUAUGAGA